UUCCCAUAUUCUUUUUUAAAGCCCUUCUUUUCUUUCUUUUUGAAUCGAUCAUCAUCUUUUCUUUCUUUUUGAGUCGAUCAUCGUCGUUUCUUUCUUUUUAUGUGAAUUGAUCAUCAUCUAUCAGAAAUUCUCUUUUACCGAAUGGCGCUUUGCAGAGUUUAAUUUUUUUUUUUAAUUUUGUAUUAGCUUUUUACAGUAAUUUGAUGUACUUUUAUUAUAUGUAUUAGUUGACUAAUACACUUACUACAUGUUUUUUAUUUUCUGAAAAUGAAUGCAGUUCAUUGUAGUUAUGGUUAAGCUUGCAGUCAUUGUAGUUAUGGUUAAGCUUGCAGUCAUUGUAUUUCAUAGUGGUCAAUGGGAUGAGCAACAGUGCUAUGUGGACUACAAAACGAAUUGUGUUUUGAUUGAUGGAGUGACAUCAUCAUUUGAUUCUUUUGUGAACUUGAUAUGUACUGAAAUUCAGAUUGAGUCAUGUAUUGAACUUUCAGUUUUAUUGUCUAUAUAUAGGUAGUAAUGGUGUUCAACAUGUUCUUAAGAUUGUUGAAAAUAAAGAUGUGACUUGGUUCUUGACAUUGGUUAAGGAUCAAUCUACCCAAUAUCCUUUAGUUGCUCGUUCUAUAGACACGAUAUUGGAUGUAUCAAUUGGUUCUUCUUCUUCCAUAGUUGAGGUUGAUUUAGGAUGUGAAUUAGCAAUUUUUAGAAAUGUUGAUAUUACUAAUACUAACAAUGAGGUGGCUUUUAAGGAGAAUGAUUUGUUUUGUAGUAAAGAAAUUUUGCUAAAGGCAUUCCGCUCUAUAACUUUCAAGACUAAUUUUGAGUUUAAGACAUUGAGAUCUAAUGAGUUGGGAUGUAAUGAAGAUGACUGUCUUUGGUUUGUUAGAGCAUCGCGUUAUAAAAGAAGUGAAUUAUGGAUGAUUCGAAAAAAUGUUAGUGAUCAUAGUUGCUCAAUGAUUGUUCAUUCUUCUCAUAAGCAAGCAUCUUCAGAAUUUUUUAGUCAAUGUAUGAUUGAUUAUUUGAGGUAUAGUUAUUCUCAUUCAAUACCAAAAGAUAUCAUUCACCAUAUGUGUAUGAAUUAUGGAGUUUCUGUUAGUUAUUAUAAGGUUUGUAGAGCAAAAGAAUCUGUUACGAAGUUGUUGAAAGGAGAUGUCGAUAAUUCUUAUGCUUUGAUUCCAAAGUUCUUUUCAAAACUAAAAGAAAUAAAUCCAGGUUCAUUUACUGCAUAUGAAAUAGAUGCAAAUGGCCAUUUCAAAUAUUGUUUCAUGGCUAUUGCAUCAUCAAUUGAAGGUUGGACAUAUUGUAGACCAAAUAUAGCAGUUGAUGGGACAUUUUUAAAGUUAGAUGAUUUCGAGUUGUAUAUGAGAUGGAUGGAGUCGAUAUACCCAUCUUUUAAAGGAUACCUUAUGAAAGUUGGUUUUAAGAGAUGGUCACGCACAUACUCUAGAAAAAGAAGAUAUCAAAUAAUGACAACAAAUAUUUGUGAAAGCUUGAAUUCUAAGUUGAAGAUUGGUAGAGACUUACCAGUUGCAUCCUUGUUUGAGGUCAUUAGAGAGUUUCUUCAACAGUGGUUUUAUGAGAAGAAAAGCAGCAUCAUGUUCAAAGAGUGUUUUGAGUUCUUGGGCUGAAGGACUAAUAAGAAAGAUAGUUGAUGAAUCACGAAGCUUCAUUGUUAAUCCUGUGAGUGAAGUUGAAUUUCAAGUAGUUGAUGGAGGCAAAAAAUUUUUAGUAAAGUUGAAUUGUAGUAGUUGCAGUUGUCUUUUCUGGGAUCUAGAAGAAAUUCCACGUACUCAUGCUCUUAUUGUGAUUCGUAGCCUUAAUUUGGAUCUUUAUGCAUUGUUUCACAAUAUUAUUAUGCUAGUGUAUUGUCUGCAACUUAUUGUGGAUUAGUUCGUCCGAGUUGGCAACCAUACUAAUUAGAGUGUUAUAGAGGUGAAUGACCAUGUAUUGCCUCCAGUAUAUAGACGUUCAGCAGGAAGACCUCGAAAAAGAAGGAUUCCUUCUAUUUGUGAAUUUUCAAAGAGCACAAAAUGCAGUCGUUGUAAGAGAGUCAGUCAUAAUAUUAGGACUGGUACAUUUGAACCCAUUUGAACAAUUUAAUUGUUUUAAAAUUUAGUAAUUAUCAAUGAUGUAGUAUUUGAACAAUUUACUUGUUUUGAAAUUUAGCAGUUAUUAGUGAUGUAUUAGCAAUUUUAUUUUGGAA